AUGAUACUCUCCCUGGCAGCCUGCCAGCCCCGCCUCGGGCCGGCUCCCAUCGCACCUCGCGCGAAAGCUGCAGUGUGCAGUGUGGCAGAGCCCGCGCCGCAGUCGGCGCUAGUCAGCGGCAGUGCAGACCACACCAACGCUCGUGCUGCGCUCGUCACAGCGAUAACGGCCCAUCGCCCGCGCGCGGCGGCAGCGGCGAGGGGCAGGGCGGCCAGCCUCGCCGGAAACGCGAGCAGCACGAUCCUGGCUGCGGGCGGUGCGGCUUGCCUUGCAGCGGCCUACCCGCCGGCGCGUCGAGCGCGCGAGGCAGCGCUGGCUUACGGAACGGCGCGACUCGCGCUGGCCUUUGCGAGGCGCGACCCCGACCCGAGGCGCCUCAUCCGCAUCGACGAGGCGGCCGUCCACGCAGCCUCCGCCGUGCGCGAGGGCUGGGGUGCGGCGCGGCUCACGGCACUCGGGGCGGCGAUGGCGGCGGUCAGCGGCGGCACGGUGGUGGAGCUCACCGCGGCCGCCGCCCACCGCCGGCUCGGCCGCAAUGGCGCGGCGCCACCGCCCGUCGCUCGGCAUGGUCGGAGAGGAGCAGCCGCGAUGGAAAGAGAAGGCGUAGGCAGCACGGGCGAGCAGCCGGCAGCGACAGGACGAGCAGCCACCUCCGCAGACCACCUCUCCUCCCCCGAGGAUGCCUCCGCGACCUCGCACGCCGCCCGACCGUCCCCGUCCAACCCCGCCGCCGUCACAGCAACGGGACCCGCCGCUGCUGAGGCAGCAGAGAGGCGCCACCUCGCCGCGCUGUCGUGCGGUGCGGCGCUCCUCUCCUUCCUCCUUGCGGCGGGGUCGGCGCUCGCUUGUGUGGAGGCUUGCUUCGUCGUCAGCCUCGCCUUUGCCCAGCGGGCGCGGCUGUUACUCCUGGCGGCGCUGGUGCGGCUCGCGGCGCUCGGGCAGGACGAGGGCACGAGCACGGAGUCUGACAUGCGCCCCUGA